AUCACAAGUUGGGGACUGUCACUUACAACGGUCUUCCUUGUCCCUCCUCCACAUCCUGCUAUUUCUACCUUCUACACUCGGGGCUAGGCAGGGAUAUAUAUUCCUUUUGACCUACGUGGUUCUUGACAUAUAACAGACCCUAACUUCUACCAUUCCUGGCGAGUUAUUCAAUUGACAACCAUCAUCUAACAUGGCGAGCCUCCGCACUAUCCUUGUGAAGAGUUGGGCCCUGGCUACUCUUCCCUUUCGCAUUGUUGGCAUUUGUCUUUACUAUGCAUUCCCCUUCACUCGCCCCCAUCCCGGUUGGACCUACCACCAAGCGAUUGGCCUGAAGCUCUUCGACUUGUGGUGGCGCUAUAGCGUCACCGUCAGCUUCCACGCGCAAAAGACCCUCCUUCCAGGGAAUGAAAAGGACCGAUUCAUCGUCAUGCAGCUCGCUCCCAGCACUGCCCCUCGACAUUAUUACCGCGGCAUCCUGCUUACCAAUCCAGCAAUUCGCCCACUGCCGGUCGGGGCCGUCUGGUACUCCGCCACAGGCACGUCUCCGAAGGGCCCAUUCCCGAACGGAAUGGUCCUCCACUUCCACGGGGGGGCGUACGUGUUGGGAGGCGCCCGCCCCCUGGAGGGCGGAUGGGGCCCCCAGCAACUCAGCGGCAUCCUGAACAAGCCCGUGCUACAGGUGCAAUAUCGCCUGGCCGGACCCACGCCUGCCGCCUCCACCCACACGCGCUUUCCCGCCGCCCUUCAGGACGCCAUUACGGCCUAUGCCUACGUCCUGGACGUUCUCCGAGUCCCGCCACAGCAGCUCAUCAUCUCGGGGGACUCGGCCGGGGCCAGCCUGGCGGUCACAGUGCUACGUUAUCUAGCCACGGAAACCAACGUGGAUGGUCCCGACCGUCGUCUUCCUCUCCCCCGGGCUGCCUUUCUUUGGAGUCCGUGGUUAGAUUUAUCCCCGGAGGGGACCGCCAGGAUUGAUCAGCACCGUAAUGCCCGAAGCGACUAUUUGAAUGGAGCCCUGGCCGAAUGGGGCGCGAGUUGCUACGCUCCCCUCGAGGGUAACUCGCGGGAGCAAGCCUGGCUGAGCCCGUUGGGCCGGGAAUUCCCCGUUAUCUCGACGGGAAUGUUCGUGCAGACGGGUACGGCGGAGGUCAUGGUGGACGAGAAUCUUCAGUUCGUCGAGGAGAUGAAGGGCAUUGGCAACACGGCAAAGGCGUGGGUGGUCGAGGGGGCGACGCAUGAUAUUUUCGCGGCGGGUCAGAUUCUCGGGAUGGUGCCCGAGGCGCAGAAGGCGAUGCGGGCGGCUGGGGAAUUUGCCGAUAGGCUAUUGUGACGAGAUGCGCUGUGGUCCUUGUUUGUUUAGCGGGAGUCCAUGGUAUCCAACUAUCGCUGGCCAAAGGCUUAAAAUUGGAGCACCGACAGUGAGAAUUGACGCAUGACUGGGAGAGGGUCUGGUGAUCGAAAAUUAGAUGAAGCCUAAUAGAGGCCGGUUGAUGGUUGGGAGGAGGUCAAAUUGGAGGCCCUCGAGUCCGGGAGCCACAUGGACGGCAGCCCACCCAUG